CACUCUCCUCGUACAAUGCCUACUAAAAAGAAGCACGGACCACAAAUUUAACUCGGCUCUAGCCCCAAUCACACAACACCCACUUUCGGCUGCGAAAUUUCGUACAAGCCUUUCCAACUUAAUCGAUUUCUUCAUUCAGCCAGCAACAACCAGAAAUAAAAAAAAAAUAAUCAACACGCCAAUUUCUUCGCUAGGACUGUUCAUUUCAAGAAUCAUCCUGACCCGCGAAGAUGGCUGAUUCCGAGACUCCCGUUACUCUGCGAACUCGCAAGUUCAUUCGCAACCCUCUCCUCGGUCGCAAGCAGAUGGUCGUUGACAUCCUCCACCCCGGCCGACCGAACAUCUCCAAGGACCAACUUCGCGAGAAGCUGGCUACCCUCUACAAGGCACAGAAGGACCAGGUCUCCGUCUUCGGUCUACGAACACAAUUCGGUGGUGGCAAGACGACUGGUUUCGCUCUAGUCUACGAUUCUCCUGAGGCUCUGAAGAAAUUCGAGCCCCAGUUCCGCCUCGUCCGUGUCGGUUUCGCCACCAAGCCCGAACGAGCAUCCAGACAGCAGCGCAAGCAGCGCAAGAACCGACAGAAGACCCUCCGGGGUACGGCCAAGGUCAAGGGUGCCAAGGCGAAGAAGGAGAAAUAAACGAUCGGCUUCUGGGUUUUCUGGUCUUUGCGGAGUGGGAACGGCUCGGCUUGGGCACUGGCUCUGUGCAUUAUACGCGGAAAUGCGUCUCUACAUCCUACAUACUAGUCUCGGCAUGGUUACUAGUAAUUUUCCUCGAGGCGUGAUGGAAUGAAUUUGAUGAUUUCCCCCACGAUAGCAUAAAUCAAGGAGUUGUUCUGGCAUAUAAUGGUUUACAUUCAUACGUGAUAACACGGACAUCUU